AUGCAGAUUCUUCAGCUCAAGCAGGCGAUUGCUCUCUCGCUUGCCGGUCUCGCUAUUGCGCAUCCUGGAGCCCAUGAACCCAACUCUUUUACCGAUGUCUCCAAGCGUGCCUUCCUCCACAACGCUCAACGGAGUCUAAGCCAGUGUGCUGGACAACUCAAGAGAAGUGGCGUGCACGAACGAGCUGCUUCUCGCCGCGCGGCUUUGUAUGAAACGUACAAGAAGCGCUCCUUGGGCCUCCGCAGUACGGAGCAGGUGGUAAACACCUCGCACCAUUCCUCGCUCCAGGUGACGCCCAACACCCCCGAGUCAGAGCUUUUCCCGAAGGACCCCGUUUGCAUCCUAGCUCCGGAGGGUGAGGUUGGCCCCUUCUGGGUCAAAGGCGAGCUGAUCCGCCAUGAUGUCUCCGACGGAGAGCCAGGAGUGCCUCUCAUCCUGGACGGUCAGUUUAUCGACAUCAACACUUGCGAACCCAUCCAGGACCUUUACUGGGACGUCUGGAAUUGCAAUGCAACUGGAAUCUACUCUGGAGUUCAAAGCAGUAUGAAUGGCAACGGCAAUGACUCUUCCAACCUUGACAAGACAUUCCUCCGUGGCCUCCAAAAGACCGAUUCUGAUGGCGUCGCUGGCUUCAAGACAGUCUUCCCUGGACAUUACUCGGGUCGCGCAACUCACAUCCAUGUCAUCGCCCACGUGGGCGCUCAGGUCCUCGCGAACAACACCCUGUCUGGAGGCCAUAUCCCGCACAUCGGUCAGCUGUUUUUUGACCAGGAUUUGAUCUCACAGGUCGAGGCUACCUACCCCUACAACACCAGCACGGUUGCCAUCACCGAGAAUGCCGAUGACCAUGUGGUCCAGGUUGAGACGGCGGAUAGCAACUCUGACCCCUUCUUCGAGUAUGCAUUGCUGGGAGACACGGUUGCAGAUGGUAUUCUUGGUUGGAUUACUCUGGGAAUCAAUGUGACCGCAAGCCAUGACACCAGUGCUACAUACGCUGCUACCCUUACUUCCUCUGGCGGCGUGAGCAAUGAUGACUCUUCGAGCGGGGCUGAGAUGUAG